GGCUUGAACGAGACCGAAGUUCCCAUCAACAUCUCCAUCGUCACGGAGGCCAUCAAUGUCCCUGAAGAUCUUCUGGAAGAUGACAACGAGUCCACCGAGCUGGAUGGCAACCUGUCAGAUGCGAACCUCGCCUCAGUUAGUGUGCGAACCCACAGAGGCACAGAGGUGGUCCAGCCGGGAAGCCGGGCUGUGACGUUCAGCUUGUCGUGA